GCCCGUGCUCAAGACAGACGAUAGAAUGGCAGAAGCUGCUCCAGCCCCCGCUGCGUCCCCUGCAAAGGCCCCCAAGAAGAAGGCACCCCGUGCCAAGACAACUGGACCUAGUGUUGGAGAACUCAUCGUCAAAGCUAUUACCGCAUCUAAAGAGAAGAAAGGAGUUUCUUUGGCAGCGCUUAAGAAGGCUUUGGCGGCUGGUGGAUACGACGUGGAAAAGAACAACGCUCGUGUGAAGGUGGCCAUCAAGAGUCUUGUUACUAAGGAAACGCUGGUUCAGAUUAAAGGAACUGGCGCCUCCGGCUCAUUCAAGCUGAACAAGAAACAGGCAGAGGAGAAGAAGAAGCCCGUUAAAAAGGUAGCACCUAAAGCCAAGAAGCCAGCAGCGAAGAAACCCGCUGCAGCAAAGAAGGCAGUGGCUAAGAAGCCGGUGGCCGCCAAGAAGUCUCCGAAGAAGGCGAAGAAACCCGCCACCCCUAAAAAGGCAACAAAGAGUCCUAAGAAGGCCAAAAAGCCCGUCACACCUAAGAAGGCAGCAAAAAGCCCCAAGAAAGUCAAGGCAGCCAAACCUAAAGCGGCUACGCCUAAAGCUGCUAAACCCAAAGUGGCAACCCCUAAAGCUGCUAAACCUAAAAGGGCUGCUCCUAAGAAGAGGUAAAUGUUGCGCGCCCUGCCCUGUCAAUGUUGUCACGUUAAACGGAAAGGCUCUUUUAAGAGCCACCCAAAAAAAUCAUUUGAAUGCAUCUGUUCCUACUAUACCAGUGGUGAUAGCAGAGUAAUUUAUGCUUGAAACUCAUGCUACGUUUGUAAUAUUUUCAGUUGAAAAUAUUAGUCUAUCAAGGUUUUAAAUCACCACCAAGCAAUUUAGUUAUAUGUUAUGCUCGCAAUGAACACACGGUAUGACAGUAGUAAUUUUACCUGCUUGAGAGCCCGAAAGUAAAGGGAAUCUAAGUUUAGCCAGUGACUGAUAAUAAAUGAACAGUGAGGUGUUAAUAAACCACACUAAAAUAGCCUAUUCAAUAUUAUUUGGUAAACUACAUACAGCUAAUAUAUUUUUUUUAAUUAAAAAAAGAUACAAAGUAUCUAACAGACCGGCUUGUAGCACCCAACCACUUCAAUUUAUUCCAUUUUAAUAGUGUUAUAUAUGGAGAUUCUGGGACUUCAUGUUUGAUUGUUUGUUGUGACCAUUAAACGGACAUAUCUGGAAACCAAGCUGCAACGUAAACUGAAAUGUGUCGUUUUAACUAUUUCAUGCGUUAAAAUAUUCAGUACAUUUUGAAGAUCACGCGCUAAAAGGAAGAAAGAAAUGCAGCAGGCGCCAAAUUGAAGUGACUUUGGCAU